AUGAAGCUUCAGCUUGAAUAUCUUAAUAUAUUUGUGGUGCUUUUGAUCCUGCACACAACGAAGGCGAAAAUUCCCGGAUGCAACUACUUGGAAACUGUGGAUCUCUCGUUCAGUUCGAAGCUUCCAAAUGGGACCUAUGUAUACCGGGAUUACUUACCAGUUCCUCGUCGCUUAAAUGGCCAGUAUGACUACAUAGAGACUGAGAGAGGAAUCAACAAAAGUGUGGAAAGACACACGCGAGAAUGUAUCUGCCAGCUGAAACCCUGUAUCUGGAUCUGUUGCCGAUUCAAGGACAUGCAGCCGAAUGGCGAAUGCACUGAUGGCCUGAUGAAAGAACUGGGUGAAAUCAAUCCCUACUUGAAUGUGACUCUCCUUAACGGAUCCGUGGUCAGAAGAAACUUGCUCUGCGAUUUCAUAGUGCUAAGAGAUUCAAUGCGUUUCAGAGACAUUUGGAAGAAAUACGAGUAUACAUUAUUCGAGAACGGAAGUGUGUUGCUCAGAGGCUGCGACAGCGAGAAGAAGGCAUUCAGGGGGUAUGACUGUCUGCACCCGAACCAGUUCAGUUCAGGAAGUACAGGGUACUUUUUUGUGGCUUUUCAUGAAAGCGUUUAUAACCGGAACCCAGAUACUCUGCGACCCGGAGCAAAUGAGCUCAUUUUGCUUUCAAAAGCAUUAUUGGUUCUGACGAUAACAGUGUAUCUCAACGUAGAGAAGCUCCGGAACCUGCACGGCAAGAUCUUCAUCAGUUACAUGUUCACUGUGUUUAUGUUUCUACUCCAUAAGUGGGUGAUGCAGUUUCACAUACCCUUGUUCUUUUGCCGUUUUCGAGGCUACCUCUUAUACUUUUUCCUUGCGGCCAGACGUAUUUGGGUGUCUGCCUUGAGCUAUCAGAUGUGGAAAGGUUUUAGAUCGUUAAAUCAAUCUGAGUCUCGACAUAGCUUCCUGUCCUACAGCAUCUUUUCCUGGGGCACUGCUGCUAUUAUGACGGGACUCCUUUUCCUGAUGGACCAAUUUUGGGAUGACGAGCCCAGCAAAGUUGGUUUGAUACCGGGUGUUGGCUGGGAGUAUUGUGACGUAAAACGUAGGCUUUCAUCAAAGCUAUGA